AUGCCUUUCCAGAUGCCCUCAUUCCACUCCCUACCUCUUCGUCCAGAUGGCCCGCGCGGUAAUUCAUGGGGACUCUUCGGCGAGCACGAUGAGUUGGGCAUGCUCAACUUGCUCACACCCGAGAACACCGCAGCGGCCGCGAAGGAGAUCAUCGAGGGGGUGCGAGUGUCGACCGACUGGGCUCUCGACAGUAUGGCCGUCCCUUGUUUUGGACGAUCGGCUUUUGAGCACACCGUCAAGAAUAAAGCUCCACGGCACGUGAAUGACGAUAUCUUGACCUUCAACACCCAGAGUAGCUCUCAAUGGGACGGGUUUCGCCACUACGGAUCGAAGGAGGGAUCCUACUUCAAUGGGUGUUCACUGGAGGAUAUUCAAACCUCAAGGCGAAAUGGAAUCCACGUCUGGGUGGAAAACGGCGGCAUCGUCGGACGAGGAGUGCUUUUGGAUUACGCGAGCUGGGCUGAAGCUCACGGCCACCCCGUGAACUGCUUCCAGACCCAAUCCAUCCCGGUUUCCGUACUCGAAGAAGUCGCUGCGAGUCAAAAGACCACGUUUCGACCGGGAGACAUUCUGUUCAUCCGGACAGGUUGGACACGGGCGUAUGAGCAAUUGUCUGCAGCGGAGUGUCGACAAUUAGCGGAUCAUAAGGCACCGCCCGUGAUCGGAGUCGAAUCGUGCGAGGAGAUGCUGCAAUGGAUCUGGGAGAACAACUUUGCAGCCGUGGCGGGCGAUAUGCCGAGUUUCGAAGCGUAUCCACCUCAGAGCACGGAGUUCUUCUUGCACGAGUGGCUAUUAGCUGGCUGGGGGGUCCCGAUUGGCGAACUGUUUGAUUUGGACCGCCUGAGUCGGGAAUGUCGCCAACGAGGGCGAUUCAGUUUCUUCUUCAGCAGCGUCCCGUUGAAGGUACCCGGGGGCGUUGCCAGUCCUCCAAACGGUGUUGCUAUCUUUUGA